GAAGAUCAUAAUAUCAUUCUGCCUUGAAUUAGGUAAAGACGGGAGCCGGCUCUUAUCGUUCACUUAAAAGAGCCGGCUCUUUGAACCGGCUCGUUCGCGACGACACAUCCCUGUCUGGAUGGUGCUCCUCAGGUAAGCCAAGGAGAACAAGUUAGAAACAACGAAACGAAGACAACCUGUGAAAUAGUCUGUUUAUUUUGCCAGGUGCCAAAUUACGCACGGAGCUCCCGUGUGGUCGCUGUGCUGCCCGGUCUCCCCACUGUCUCCCCCCGGCUGUCCUCCCCCUGCCUGGCAGCGCUCAGUGGUUCGCUCCAGUCGUCUCUCUGCUGCUGUUCAGCACCGCCCCUCCGGCCGGCGCGCAGUCGGAGCUCCAGCCGGUAACCGAGCGCACACCUCUCCUCCUCUCCUCUCGCUGCAGCCUCUUUGAGCGUUUUUGCCUCCUCCGUCGAACCCCCAUCUCUCUGCGUAUCUCCCUCCCAACCCAUGCAUCUGUCAGUCGCUUCCGCCGCCCGUGUCUCCAGCAUGGCGCUGAAGGUCCAGACCAGCAACGUGACCAACAAGACAGAUCCAAAGUCGAUCAACUCCCGGGUGUUCAUCGGCAACCUGAACACAGGGGUGGUGAAGAAGAUGGACGUGGAGAGCAUCUUCUCCAAGUAUGGCCGGGUGCUGGGCUGCUCCGUGCACAAGGGCUACGCCUUCAUCCAGUACGCCAGUGAGCGGCACGCCAGGGGGGCCGUGAUCGGGGAGAACGGCCGGGUGCUGGCCGGACAGACGCUGGAUAUCAACAUGGCCGGAGAACCAAAGCCAAGCAGACCCAAAAUCCUGAAGCGGUCAGCAGCGUCUCUCUACAGUGGCUACGAGUUUGACUACGACUACUACAGAGAAGACUUCUAUGACAGGUUGUUUGAGUACCACGGCAGGGUGUCUCCGGUCCCUCGGGUGGUGCCUGUCAAACGCCCGCGGGUAGCGGUGCCUCUUGUACGACGGGUCAAAUCGUUGCCGGUCAAACUGCUGGCGCGUAACACCUCCAUCCUCCCCACCAGCAACGGCAACAAACAGAGAUCAGUGAAAGGUGCAGAGCUUCAGGCGAUCAAGUCAGAGUUGACUCAAAUUAAAGCCAACAUCGAAGCGUUGCUGGGCAGACUGGAGCAGAUCACAGAAGACACACACAUCACCGCCACAGAGCGGAGGAAGGCAGAGGAGUGUCAGAGCGAGGAGGCGUGGCAGGAAGGGGAGGAGUCGAGCUCAGAGCUGGAGGACGAGGAGGAGCACAGACAGAACAGCGAAGCUGGAGAGGAAGACGAGGAGGAGGAGGAGGGAGAGCACACGCAGGACGACACGCACGACCACAUGCUGGAGAACAGUCGCCUAUCAUUAGAGAUGGACUGCAUUCGCCCCUGAGAGGUAGCGUGGACUGAGGAGAAAGAGACGGACAGAGAAAGAGAGAGAGAGGGAGAGACAUGGACAGACAGAACGCGAUAACAGCACAGGAGGCCAUCAAACAACAGGGAGCCAGACACACACACACACACACACACACACACACAAGCUGAAAAACACACAGUAGAAAGACAGACUUGACACUUUGUCAGAGCUAAAGGAAAAUACUAAAACAGCAGGGUACUGGCAGAACACACCAUAAACUGAUGAGUUACACACAGUAACACACACACAGAAGAAACGGUGAUGGAGACCGACUCGACGCGAUGUCAGAGCCACAGGGAGAUAGUAAAACAGCAGGCUGCUGUCAAAACAUCUUAAAGCAACACGUUUUACACGUACACACACACACACACACACACACACACACACACACUGCAGUUGACAGUGGGUCAGGAAAGCUGGAGCUCAUCAGAACAUCAUCCGCUGAUUAACAGGACUUUAAACAACAGGAGUGAACGGGCGACAUACUGAGGCAGAGCUGGAGGUUGAUUAGAAACAUUGUUAAAGAAAAUCAUUUUAAUGAACGCUGACGGGCCGGGCUUCACAAGAUGUUUACUAUGUUUAUAUGUACAAUGUGGCAAAUUUAGACUGAAUCGCAUUAAAUAAAUCAAUCUCUGAUGGGAAACACUUUAUUUUUUUUUGGGGUGGCCGACAUUUCAGCCCAGUCGCACAGCAGUUCAUGAAAUAGUCAUGUCAUUUUAAUUUGUGUACAAAUUUAACAUUUUUUCCAUGACGGUCAGCACAAAAUUAAUUUGUAUGUAAUCCAUGUGGGUCGGUCAAAAAAGACAACACUUUCACCCAGGAGACAGGUAAUGGUGUCUCGUGUGAAACCAGAAGUCAACGUUGAUUUCUUUGUCACGUAACUUCCGUACUUAAGUUACGCCACUUCCGGUGUUAUUUUAACCCAAAACGCGGUCCAGGGCUGUAGUCAAGUCCAACUUAAUCAAGUCCAAGUCAAAUCCAAGACCAAGUUAAGUUCGAGUCCAGAGGAGGUCGAGUCCUGUCUUUCCAAUUUUAAUAUAUGUAGUGAUUAAUGAGUUACGAUGGACAGAAAUGAUCUAUAAAAAAUAUUGAUCUAUCUUUUAACUUCAAACUAAAUAAUGAAUAGAAUUUAGAUUUGAGGACCAUUACAGUCUAACGUUACAUUCAUAAACCUUGAAUUUUACGUUUUGCCCCGGGACCACCCCCAAUACGCCCACAAGCAGGGACAUUUUCAUGAAAUUUUCAUUUUCAAUUCAUUAGAAAGCGUUGAGGUGGAUGGAUGGGUAAAAAAACCCACAGGACUUUUGCAUGAGACCGUUGUUCGUGUCCCGUGUGAAACCACGUCAAAGUUGAUUUAUUUGUCACAGCACUUCCAGAGUUAUUUUAAGCCAAACCGCGGUCUUUUUCUGAAGCUAACUAAGUAUAGUUUUUGUAACGUAACUUCCGUACUCAAGUUACGCCACUUCCGGUGUUAUUUAGACACAAACCUUCGAUCUUUUUCUAAGCCUAAGUAAGUAGUUUUAUUUUGAAAAGACUGGAGCGGAAAUUGACAACGUGCGUCACAUGUUGCUGGACAUUCGUAUAGGAAAACAACGUUAUUGAAAGUUGUGCUGACCGUCAUGAAAAAAAAUGGGUCUGUGUACACGAAUCAGUGCUGUGCGACAGGGCUGUGUACAGUAUACGGGGAGUUUCUACUAAUGAAUACGUGUUUAUUUGGGUUUAGAUUUCUUUUUUCAGUUUUCAUGUGUCAGUCAACACAUUACACAGAUCCACUGUGAACUCCUUAUCAAGUAAAAUUAAAACUUUGACAUUAGUUUGACAAACUAUUAUAAGUUGGGGGAACUCAACAUGAAGUCAGAGGUUAGAAAAAGCAGAGGAAAAAUGUGUUGACAUAAACAGGUUUUCAUAUUAAUUAAGAACACAUGUUCAUUAUCUUGACGGGUUUAAUUUAAUAAAAUGAUUACUUUUGCUUUAGGAGGUUAUAAUGUGUUAUGAAUAAACAACACAUGGGGUUUUAUUACAUUUUAAUCUUCCUAACGUGACCAUAAAGGCUUUAAAUCAACCAUAAAAAAAUAUUAAACUUAGGAAUUAUGAGGCUUUUAUACAAUUAUAACAAACCCCCUAUUGUUUUACAUGAUGACCUCACUGUGGCUGAGUCUGUCUGAGAAACUCAUGCAAAUAAGUUUAGUUUACAAGUAAGAAUAUGAAGCAAUUGCUGCCAAGAGAACCUCGCGAAAAGCCAAUACCUGUUAUUUAUUUUGACUUACUACUUAAAUGCUACCAUUUUAAUUAUUGUUCUUGUUGAGAGAAAUUUAAUUGGUUCACCACCGGAGACAUUUCGUCCACAAAAUAUUCAUAUGCGCGGUAAAGACCAUAUGAUUGGUUUUGCAUGUUUUAGCCCAUUAACCAUACAAACCACUUCACAUUACUGCUCCUAUUUUUAUAUUCCAGACAUUUCCGUCUUUCCAGGCAGCUACUGGUUUGAAAGUUGAUGUCAAAAGAGACCUGAAACUGGUUUCACCCACCAGGUAUCAGAGUAUAUCUGUUUUUUUUUGUUUUUCUUUGGUCAAAGGUACACUUAAGUUGAGUGUGAGGCUCAAUUCUGACCUGGUGGACCUGUUAUUGAUCUGGAUUUGAGGUCCGCUUACGAGCUUUUUCUGGGGCUUUCUUGGUGGAGAUUUUGAGAUGCAGCUCAAGCUCUGGAAAUAAAACUAAUACAUAUUAAAGUUCUGAGAGUUUCCAACCCGGUCUAACGGGAAGGCGAAUAAUUACCACAACAUUACACCGACAUUCCACGUAUCAUGAGUACACAUUUUAGCCUUUUCACGUGUCAUUUGUACGCAAACAUCCUCAAUGGUUCAGGCAAGAAACUCACUUAGUUAGGGUUUAAGGGAAAACGUCCUGGUUGGGCUUAAAAUAAGUGAAACACGUACGGAAAACACGUCACAAUUGUCAAUAAAAAAACAUGACAAACCUUAGUAACUUAACUUACAAAACAAAACAGCGGUCAACAACGGUCUUGAACGCGGGUCUCUUGGUUAAAAGUCUGCUUUUUGUUGGGUCCAUCCACCUCCCACCAUACAUACUGUGUCACUAACUUCUUACCGUAGCGUUUAUACGCAGAUGUGUUUACAUUGCAGUCAGUACAGGAUACAUGGCGUACAAAUGACCGUGGCAUUAAUACGCCUUUUCCUGCGAACAGGCUGGAGUUUCAGAACUUCGUUGGUACGUUGACACAUGAGAAUUGUAAGUUAUGUCCUGAAAAGGGUUACAUUGAUUAGCAGUAAACAACCAGCAAACUACAGCUAACUACAGCGAGCCAACUCUGGAUUUCUGUGUGUCAUUUGCACGCCAUGUAUGUUCUGUUUGCACAUAUCUGCACUGACUGCAAUGUAUAGCAUUCCACGUAUAAAUGAUACGGUAAGAGUUAGUGACAGACCACUUGUUGUGGCCGGGUUGGGAGGUGGACGUGUCCAACAAACAUCUAACUUUUAACCAGGACACCCGUGUUAGUGAUGAUUGUCACGUGUUUUUAAUUUACAUUUCUGACGUGUAGUUGUUUUACGUUCUUUCUGUACACAUUUUACUUAGGGCGUAUUCAAACCUGCGCCUCAUUUUCAAACUGUAUUGUUUGCCUUGAGUGAAAAAUUGCUACGAGGUAAAAAAAAAUAAAAAAAGAUGACCAGUGCCAAGACCAAACCGCGUAGUUGUCCCUCCAUUGUUGCGUUCUGUAAGUCUGCUCUUCUUUGGUUAUUUCCAGGAUUUUUCCAGCAUGGAAAUUCUGACCAAUUAGAGAGCACUUUCUUUGCUCACCAAAAUCUUGGUCCGCUUGUAAACGCUGCCGUGUGAACACAAACCAAACUCGAGGCAAUAUGCAGCAUGGUAACAAUUUGGUCCCUGAUUCAGACCAGACCACGAACUACAGGUGUGAAAUCGCCCUAAGUGGUUUUCUUGCAUGAACCUAAAUGCGGACGUUUGUGUGGCGUACAAAUUACACAUCCAAAGGCUAAAAUGCGUACAUAUGACACACUGGAAUAUCCAUGUAUCCAUUCCCGUGAGACCGGGUUGGGCCUGGAAACAUAAGCAAACAAACCCACAGCUGUCAUAAUAUGUUGGAUUGGUGCAGAGAAUUGCGUGACAUCACCUUUUUCCCAACUGGGUCCCGCCCUCUUUAAACCGGUGAGGACAAAAUACAGAAAAUCCAUCUGUAUUAAUACAAACUGUUGUCCAGGGAAGUCGUGUUCAUGUUGGAGCCCGUUGCUCGCAGUAUAAAGUUGAUGAAGAAAAAAAGGAUUUCAGGGCCUUUAAGUGAACAAACCCAGAAGGGUUAAAGUGCAUGAUUAUGAAAGUUUAUUACUUUUAGAAGGCAGGAAGUCCUCAGUAUGUUGCCACUGUGUUGUAAUUUCAGUCAAAAUAAAGGAAGAGAUGGACAGAGCUCUGCUGCUGUUGAUCAUGUGAAUCUGUCCCUUUCCUCUCACUGUUUCCUUGUUCCCUUCUCAUCUUAUCUUCCUUCAGUCUUGACUCCUUUUCUCCUCAAUUCAUCCUUCCUUCUCUCUUCUUCGCACGUAUUUCCUGUCUGUCCUCCUCCUUCCCUCUUUUCAUCCUUGUUUCCCUGUCUCUUCUUCCCUUCCAUCUCUGUCUUAUCCCUUUUCCUCUUCUUCUUGUUCCAUUUCACUUCUAUUUCAUCUGCUCUUUUAUUCUCUCUGUUGUCUUCCUUUGUUCUGUUCAACUUUGUUUCCCUUUCCCGUCUUCCUCCCCUUCUUUUCUUUCAUUUAUUCCUUUACUCCCCUCCUGUUUCCCUCCUCAUCCUCUUCCUGAACCUCUCCUCUCUUGUUGAAGAUGAAAGAAAGAAAGAAGUAGCAUCAGAAGAGAUUUUCACAGGUCUUGAUAAAUGUUGUGUACUAUCCUCUCGUUCUUCUUCUCUCCUCUGCCCUCACCACUUUUCUUCCUGUUCUACCCUUUCCUUUGGGACAGAAUGAGAGAGACUGUCCUUCCCCUAAAAAAACGACCCCAUAGGUCAUUUGUAGAAGCAGCUUCAGCCCAUAUUUAUCUUCACUUUUAGGCGGCGCCCUCUAGUGGCCGUAGUUGUUAUAACGGCAGAAAAGAAAGGAAGUCAGGUGACGUUGUAUGAAGAGCGACAAAGUCUGCGUAGGUCGGGGUGGAUGGAUGGGUUAAAACAAACACAGGACUUUGACUGUUGUUCGUGUCCCAAUGGCAACAUUGAGUUACUUUAACUUACAGUACGUCACGUAUGUAACUUUGGUUAACUUACUUGAAUUACGCAACAAACGUACUUAUUUUAACCAAGCCCCCAGGAAGAGCGCUGGGCUUCGACGUGGCCAAACGGCGGUACAGUACUACAACUUCUCUGUCCGUCACGUGAUGUCAUUGGGCCCAAAAAUACUUUUUCC